AUGAUAAUAAGGAGCUCGAGCCGGUUCGGGCUCAACCAACCGACGGCACACAAAAUGAUGACGAAUCUUGUUCUGGCGCUGGCCGUACUCCUGAUAGUACCGGCUGCCACCGGAGCCCCAAUGUACGAGAGUGAUCAGACCGAGCUGGAAACGUACGGUGAGUCGACGGGAUGCUACUACAACUACAACCACUACGGCGAGGGUGACCGGAUCAUGACGAACGAGCCGUGCCUGAACUGUACCUGCCACGACCGCAUGCUGAUGUGCUACCUGCGCGUCUGCCCGUUCACCAAGGCGAUCGGGCAGGACUGCACGGUGGAGAAGCGCGAGGACCAGUGCUGCCCGGUGAUCACGUGCCCGGAGGUGGAGGUGCAGCUGGUGCAGCACCAGACCACGGCCAGCCCGUCGACGGCGCUCGGUGCGGCCGGGACGACCCAGGUCGGGCCACUCGACCAGUACGGCUGCUCCAUCCACGGACGCUACUACCCGGAGGGUGCCCAGGUCCCGUCGAACCCGCAGAAGCCGUGCGAGCUGUGCUACUGUAUUCGCAACAUGACGACGUGCGUGAUGCAGGAGUGCACGCUCCACAUCGAUGGGUGCGAGCCGAUCUACAACAAGGGUGUCUGCUGCCCCGUACGCUACGACUGCGAUCGCGACAAGGACACGGCUCCCAUGCUGCUGGACGACGACGAUGAGGGCACGACCACAACGGUACGCCCGACGCCUGGCUUCAUCCUGACGACUACACUGUCACCGACCGACGACUCGAGCGAUUGUGCCCACAACGGUGAGACGUACGCCGAGGGUGCGCUCAUCAUGACGGACCAACCGUGCGAACACUGCUACUGCAUGCGCGGCAAGAUCGUGUGCGCGGUCCAGGAGUGUGGCACGCCACUGGAGAACGAGAACAAGAACUGUACCGCGGUGCCACCAGCCCCUGGCCAGUGCUGCCCGGAGAAGUACGUGUGCGAUGCUGGUGACCUGAGCCAAGGCACGUCAGCAGCUCCCACAGCGGACGACUCCGAAGAGAAAGAGCGAACCACGGUGAAGAUCCCAUCGGUAGACGACCUGGCGGAGGAACCGGAGGUGGAUCAAGACGAGCAGCAGCAGCAGCACGUUCCCGCUCACGACACCACAGCUGGUGGUGAGUCGAGCGAGGAAUCGGAGGAAGAAUCCGAGCUGGUCGGUAAACCGGUGGACCAUCUGACAACGCCAGUACCACCGGCGACGGGCGCACUGGACGAGCGACUGGGCGAGGAUGGAGCGGAACCGACAGUCCCUGAUACCGACCGAGAUGGCGAGCCGGGAGCGGAACAGGAUCAUGUGGCUGGUCACGAGGCGGCUGGCCACACCGAGCCGUCGGUAGCCAUGGCACAGCCCACGACACCAGAGCACGGCACGGAUCUUCCGGUGACUUCCGGCGGCACCACGCUGCUGGCAGCCGAGCAGACGGACGAGGAGACGGAGCUCACCACACCACAAACCCACCACGAUGCCGUCGACCACGACGAAGAGCCCGAGAGUGAAGAGCUGACCGAAGAAGAGUUGGACCAAGCGCAGCCUGCCACAACCGCUGCUCCCCCAGGUGAAGAGCUGGAUCAGGACCAGAAGCUAGAAUCGGAACCGGAACACUCCACUCAGGGAGCGGAACCGAAAGCUACCACGGUGGCCGCUGACGACGUGCACGAGGAAGAGGGCGAGACGACUGAGACGACGGUUCGCCCGCACGUUCCGGUGGCGUUCGAUGAGACGGAGAACGAAAUCGAUGACCUCCAGCACGACACGAAGGCGGAGGUGACCACGGUGAAGAACGUGGAGCAUGAGGAUGAGCAGCCGGUGGCCGAGUCGAGUACGGAAGGCCGCAAGGAGGCGAUGCAUAAGGCCGACGACCAGCAGCAGGAGCCGGAGGAGCCACAGGAGCCGGAGGAGCCCUCGGUCGAACAGGACUUCGUGGAGCUGCCACCGGCCACGGUCGCCACGGAGCUGCCGGCCCCGGUUUCCGACCCGAGCCAGCCCGAGACCCCCGCCCCAGAGCUACCGUCGGACGAGAUCGUGACGGGGGUACCGCUCGAGUUCGAUUCCCACGUGCUGGGCUCCUCGACAGUGGCUGUACCGGAGAUGACCACCACCACGACCACCCGGACACCGGAGUUCGGUGACCGGAAGGCGGACGAUGGAGCCCCCGGUCCUCACAUCGACCUGGACGAGCCGGUCGAAAUGAACACCGUGAUCCCGCUGGACCCGCUGGACCAGGAUCAGGUCGGCGACGAGCAGCAACACCACGUACCGGAGCUGGAUGAAGCACAGGAGCACGAUGAAGUGGCGCCAGACGCGGCCCAAUUCCCGGAGGCGAUCCCCGGCGAGGGCCACUGUCUGCUCGACGGGACGACGUACGCGAACGGGGAGGCGGUGCCGGCCAGUGGCAAGUGUCAGGCGACGUGCCGCUGCACCAACAGCAUCGUCCAGUGCGAGAUGAUCCAAUGUGAAGGCCCACCCAGCCCGGACUGCACGCCCAAGUCGGUGCCAUCGGACGAGUGUUGCCCCGCGUACAGCUGUCCGCAGUCCCUGGCCACUAGCUCCAGCACGAGCCCACCACGUGAGCUGGAGUCAACCGAGGUGUCGACGAGCGCGGCCAGUGACAGCGACGAGUCGACGUCGACGGUUUCGGCGAGUGCCUCCACGGAAACCUCCGGAACCCGGGACACGGAUGAAGAGGCGGAUGACGACAGCGGUACGGGAGAGGAGCCCGAGAGCGAUUCGGCCGACUGGGACGUCGACGAGGAUGCCCUGAAGCCGGUACACCCGGAGCCACCGGUGUACGAUCCGAUGCAGAUCAACUUCUUCGCCGGAAACCGCCCAACGACGGCCCAGUACGAUGACGAGAUCGUGCUUAGCACGGCCAGCCCGGCACCGGGCACUGUUCAGCCGGUCCCGACCACGACCACUGCCACGUCCACAACAGCGAAGGAAGCUCCCACGACCCAGACGCCGACCCCGACGACGACGGCUGAUGAAGACGAAGCCGAAGAGGAGGAAGUAGUAGCCACGGCCGUCCCGGAACCACAAGUACCUGAUCGGGUCCAGACGGAGGAGGCCUCGACGGCGGCCCCAGUGGAGACAGUGGAAGUUGCGGACGAUGAGCACCCCAGCACGACCGAGCGGAAACCGUUGGCCCCGGAGGAGGAGCAGGAGCAGGAGGAGCUGCUGGAGGAGGAGGUGGCUGCGGUGAGCACCGUGAAGCCGCUGAAGGUCGCUGCCGACGAGGAAGAGGAUGAAGAAGUGGCCCAGCCCAGCACGACGGUCACACCGCUCGGACAGGAUCCGGUCACCCAGACGGAAGCCAGCGAGUCGCCAAGGCCAACACCGGUCGAUCGUAUCGCCCCCGUGCAGCGCGACCCGGUGCCGGCUGCGACCGAUCGUCCCACCGAGCUGGAAGAACCGGAGGAUCACCCGAGCACGACCGCCCGACCGCUGGAGAUCGUCCCGACGACACUACUGGUGGUCGAACGUGAGGGAGAGGAGGAAGAGGAGGAAGAGGAGCAACCGGAGCAACCGCACAGUGACCUGACGCCGACCACGGUCCAGGUCCAGGAGGUGCCGAACCCAACGACGACGGCGCCCUUCGAGCCAGUGGACCAAAAUCAGAGCACGACUCCUACGUCCCCAGACAUGAUCCCAACUACGACUCACGCGGUCGAGCGGGUCGAGGAGCACCAGACUACGGUGUCGGGUGCGGUGCAGGAACUCCCCCACGUCCCGACUACGACUGCUACGAUGGAGGAGCCAGAGGCACCUGCCACACCUGUCUCCAGCGCCGGCAAGGACACGGACGUGGAAGAGCCAACCACUGCUGGAGUUGGAGCUGAAGAUCUGGAACGUGUACCGGAAACGACGGCCAGGGUGACGGAGAUUGGAGUCACGGAUCAGGAGCAGCAGGUGCAGACCUCGACUCCGGAACCGACAGCUGGGGAGUCCGAGCCGAUUCACACGCCGACCGAGCUGGUGAUGGUCUCCACGGAUGCAACGACCGACCAGGACGACGGCCCGGUAACUGAGGGGCCAGCGGCACCAUCGAAGGAGGAGCAACUCGCAGUUGACAGUGCCGCGACCCCCACGACGACCCCAGGCCAGGCAGGCCAGUCACCGACAACGAGCCCGGUGGACGAGCAGGUGACGGAGCGGACCGACUCGACGACGGUCGUCAGCCACGACGACUCCAUCGUGUUCCGUGUGGAUGACGAGGGUGACAAGGACGCCAAGCCGAUCGUGCGGCCGAUCGUGCCGGUCGACAAGCAGGAGGACCAGGAGCAGCAGCCAGUGUCCGAAUCGGACGAGGACAACCUGAUCAACGCGUUCAACUCGGUCGUCGCGGAGCAUGACGACACCAUCCACUUCCCGGUCGACGACGACGACGAAGACGAGGACGUCUUCGGUGCGUCGAAGCCCGAGGUACCGGCCGAGGUACCGCGGGAGCCGGUCCCACUCGAAUCGGACGACCAGAUCAAGCACCGGGACGAGCUGGCCACUACUACCGCCUCCUCGACCGAGCGGCAGACGACGGUGCGACCGGUGGCUGAAGCCGAGGACGAUGACGUGUCCAGCAACGAGAUCGACUCGGACGUACCACAGAAGGUCGUCCAUCCGACGGCGAAACCCGUAGACAAACCGGUGGACGUGGAGGCCCCGCCGGCGGUGUACGACGAGAUCGAGGAGACGGAACAGGAGGAAGCCGACGAGCAGCAGCAGCAGCACGUAUCACCGAGCCCAACUACCACCGUGAGGCCCGAUGUUGUGGCGUCGGAAGAUACGGAGACCACCACCACAGGCACCACAGGCAGCACAGGAACCACUGGUACCUCGACCGUCAAAGACGCUGAGCCGGAGGAGGGUGACGAUCAGGAGCGAGACGCAACACCGAGCAGUGGAGUGGACGAGCUGCCAACAACGCCAGCCACGGUUCUCGUGCAGAAACAGGACGAUGCCGCUCAGGAACUACCGGAGGAGGUCAGCCCUGCCCCGAAACCGACGCUGACACCGGACGUAGUAGCGGACAAGGUGGACGACGAGGACGACGACGGUGGGCAGCGACCGGAGGCGGAGCAACCCACAACGACGGCAACGGACUCGGUCCCAGAAGAGCACGCACAGACCUCGGCGGCUCGCCCAGAUGAAACGGAGACGGAGAAACCACACGGACCACUGACAGCUGUCAGUACGCUGUCACCGCUCGCUACGGACGAGGACAUGGGACCAACAACGCCAGCUCACGACGCCAGUCCGGACGAUGACGAGGAACCGGACCGGGACUUUGUGACGAAGCAGACCCCGGAGAUCGAGACCAAGGACCAGGAACCGUCCACAACAACAGCCGUGCACCAUGAGGAUGAGGAGGAGCAACCGGGUACCACACCGCGACCGGCACUCGAGGACGACGGUCUGUCGGAGGAGGAACAACCCGAACUGGAACCUCACCACCAGCUGCCAACUACCAGCGCACCCCAGCCAGACCAGGAUGAGGAGGAAGCGACCAGACCGGAGAAGGGAGCUGAAGAGCAGCCCGAGCACGACGACCAGGAGGAGGAGGCUGAAAGGGCGACGACGAGCAGUGUGACGCCGACACCUGCGACGUCCUCUGCAGAGCCGGAGCUGGAUGCUGGCGCCGAAGGCAUCGUCGAGCGGGUGAAAGAGGACGAGGAACCGGCACCGGCACCGGUGCCAACGAGCACGGAGGCCGCGGACCAAGAUCUGGACUCGGACCUGGAAGUCCCGACCAAAGCAGGCCCGACGGAAGAUGCAACGACGACGGUAGUGCCGGACGACACGGAGGAGCUGCACGCCCCGGUAACGGACGGUCCCGAGAAUGCUGGCACCAGCCCGCCGAAGAAGUUGGAGAAGCCGGACCAGAGCGAAGAGGCCGAGUUGACUGGGGGACACGAGGACGGCGGGCAGCAGGAAGAUCGGGUGUCGCCACCGACGACCCCCGCCGCAGCAGUGGACCAGCACCACGGCCAGGACGAAGACAGCGAAGACGAGGGCGAGUUGGUGGAGCAUGUCCCGCAAACGGACCCGCUCGGUGACUCCUCGUCUGAGGAGGACCAGGAGCAGGAGGGAGAGGAGGCGUCCACGAGCGCGACACCAGCGAAGAGCGGCGUGGAAGUGGAACCAGCGGUCGUUAGCGUCACCCAGCCAGAAACCCCGGACCUGGUGACGUCAUCAGAGAUGGAGCCGGUGGACGUGGAGAGUGGCGGCGCCGCAGCCACUACGACGGUGUUGCCCUCGGAGUCCUUGGAAACCUCGGAACCCUCGGCCCCUGCCCAUGUGACCCACGCCCCGCCUACGCCAGCGGAGAUCGACACCUCGGACGCUGACUCGGCCGACGCCACGACUACAGCGACGAGACUUGGAGGCGAACCGGAAACCCCCAGCACGACGGCCGUGGCGCUGGAAGGUGACGAUGGUGACGAUGGAGCUACGACGACUACGGUCAGCCCGACGAGUUCAUCCCCUGCCCCAGCCGUCCCGGUCGCUCCCCAUCAUCUUGAUGACGUAGAACCGAUGACCACUGUCGCACCGCCACCAACGACAACGACGACGACCGUCAGCCACCCGAAGGAGGAGUCUCCAGUGCAGCCUUCAUCCAGCACCACCCCCGAGGCGGACGAUGACGCAGAGGAGGACGCAGCGGAGGACGCUGACGUGCAGCAGAAGUUGCCGACACCCGACUCCAGCUCGACCCUGGCACCGCCCAGUCUCCCGGAACACGAGGAGCAACCCUCGGUGGGAGGAUCGGCUCAGGAGCAGGAAACGGUCGGCCCGUCGUACGGGGCGCCCGGUCAGCACUACGACACCGGGUACGGCCACAUGCCACCCCACUACCCGCCCUCCUCGUACGAGGAUGACUACGGCGAGGAGGAGGACCCGGCCGCCUUCGGUCCCGGCACCUGCCGGUACGGCGGCAAGCUGUACGUUUCGGCGCAGCAGAUCCCGCGGGACGAUCCGUGCGACUUUUGCUUCUGCUUCCGCAGUGACAUCAUCUGCCUGCAGCAGUCCUGCCCGCCGCCCAUCACCGGCUGCAACGAGGAACCGAUCGCCGGGUUCUGCUGCCCGCGCUACGAGUGUCCCGUCUCGAUGGCGACCGUCCUGAACGUGACGACCAGCACCACCACCACCACCACGACGCUGCCGCCCCACUUCCUCGCCCAUGCCUACAAGGGGGCGGGGGGUGGUGGGGCCGGCGGUGCCGGAGGCACUGGGGCCGGACCGGUCCAGAAGCGGGGCUGUCAGAUCGCUGGGAAGGCGUACGGAGUCGGUGAACCGGUCGCGUCCGCCUCCGGGCCCUGCAUGCGCUGCACGUGUGGCGGCGAUGGACAGAUGCAGUGCGAACCGAAGGCCUGCAGCCCGGAGCCGAUGCUGAAGCAGAUGAUCGCGGUGGCGGCGGCCCGGAAGAGAUGA